AUGACUCCCGCUGUCUUCCUAGUCAUCCUGUGCUUGGGAGUGGCCUCGGCUGCUGAAUCCCCUGAUCCUACUCUGGAUGCUGAAGAGCAAGAGCCGAAGAUAAAAAAUGAGAAGCUGGAUGAAGAAGGAUUCAGAAGAGGGAUGUGGGAGGAGUUUAUGAAGAAGGUUGAACUCUACAAUAAGGAAAAUGGCCAGGAGGACAAGGAUGACUUCAACAUAGAAAUGAAUGUCUUUGAUCACUUGACUGAUGAUGAAUUCAUGAAAAUUAUUGAUAAAGUUUUAUACCCAAUGCUUGGAGAAAAGGAAAAAACUCAAACACAGCCAGUUGGUGAUGUCCCUAAAUUUGAGGAUUUGGUGGGGAGCAGUGCUGUGACUCCUGUAGAGGAUCAGGAUGAAGAAAGAUACAGGAGAGCAGUGUGGGAGGAGGAGAAGAAGAAGAAGAUGAUGAAGGAGCACAACCAGAAUAUCAGCAGGGCAAGAUCAGCUUCUACAUGGGCCUGA